AUGGCAAAUAAGCGUAGACCCAAAAAGACCCGUGGAUUACAUUAUCGGAGAUAUGUCUAUGGAGAAACGGCACUUAACAACGAUGGGGGUGAACAAUAUAGAGAUCUUGAUGAAGGGCUGUUUAGCGGGCAUCUUUCGGAGUCUCCAAAAAGAGAAGGAAGUAUGGACAGCGACUAUGAAGAGGACAACAAGAAUUUUAUAUCACUCCAUCAACAGUGGUACGGAGAAGUAUGGCCACUGUCAAAGUUUCAAAAGGUUGAUGUUCUGAGGGUUUGUCUCGCCUUGAAGCAGGGAUUGAAAGUAUUACCUCCGUGGGAGGAUGUGAUUUACGAACAGAGACUGAAAAAUAGAGAGAUCGAGAGACAAGGAAUGAAACUCCCUUUUGAAAUCAUUCUGGAAAUCAUUUGGUUCACUAAGGAGGAAGAUCGCAAAGAUCAGAUGCUCAUCUGCAAGUCGAUUUAUUAUUCACUUUUGCCACAGGUUUACUACUUUCCAAAGUUGAACUCGGUGAAUUUUUUGACAUUUGUGGAUAUGUUAAUGCUGCGUGGAAACAAGAAGCGGUUUAAAGACUAUGUGAAAGUAUUGGAUCUUUCAAAUAUCAUUCAAUCCAACAAGACUUCGUACGUGAGCCGACUCUUAAGAAAGUUCGAGGACUCUUUAGAAGUUUUCAUCUCAUCACAAUCGAGUUUUGGAUUACCAGCUUUGAUUAGUUUGAGAUAUUGUAAGCAGCUAAAGGUUCUUGAUUUAAACCUCGUCAGUGAAACGAUCAACUUGAAGGAGCUCUUUCGAUCGAUACACAAUCUUUCAUCUUUAGAGCAGCUAUCAUUUCCAAGAUCUUCUAUUACGUGUGAAGAUUAUAACAUGGAAUGGCCCCCGAAAUUAUGGUACUUAAAACUUCAGGGGGGUAUUACGGAUGAAUUUUUGAUGAAUUCUCACUUUCCACCCACAAUCACCAAUUUGGAGUUUGCCCAUUGUCCCAAUAUAAGUGAUGAGGCAGUAAAUGACAUUCUGGCAAGAAUAGGCACUCAGUUGACAAAACUAUCGGUAUUUUAUCCUAUGCCAAUGUUGUCAGCAACGGCCUUUGACCUUGCAUAUCUAUACUGCCCCAACCUGUUAUUGUUUUACACCAGUAUCUCAUACAUUUCGGCGGAUAUAUUUAACGAUACCUUUUUGCCGGUGCUUGUGGACAAGGACAGGCCACUAAGAAACUUGAUAAUAGAUUCACCUGGACAAUUAGGACAAGGUGCUAAGCUAGACCCUGAUGAUAUCACAAUAGCAGUCAGCGAGGACAGACUUCCGUGUUUGAAGUCGCUUUCGUUGAGUUCGCUACUUGGGUGGGACUUUCUGAGCGGGUCAGUACAAGAUCUGGUAAGUGAACUGGAGUACCGUGGCGGUGCUGUUUACAAGCUUUAG